CCGUCCCGCGGGGGCUGAGCCGGAGGUGCCUAACUCACUGACGGGACCUCGUUUAAACCCGAGCGCGAGCAGAUCCGCAGAGGAGGUGUUAUGACUCUGAACCACGCUUCGCUUUGAACGGGACAGGUGCUGGUUUUUCGCCAUCGGUCCAGCCCGGAGCCAAACGAUGGGUCACUGAGGCGUCGCCUCACGCCCGACGCAGAAACUCCUCUUUUUUCGUCCCCGCGGCGGAAACAUCGGGUUGGUGCACCUACCGGCCCCGGUCCGAGUGAGAAGCAGAAUUUGGAAGACGGGAAUAAACUCUUGCUCCCGCAGCCUCCGCGUUGCUCCGCAGCCAUAACGGGUCGCCGCUUUGAGUCGACGAGGUCCUGGAGUCGACUCCCACUUUUGAGCGGAACAUGUCUUUGGGAGACAGCCUGGACAGGUUUAAGGGGUCCCUGUUGUAAUGAAGGUGUUUUGCAUUUAGACCGACUCAGGGGGAGCCCGCUUUAAAGACCCCCCCCCCCCAAAAAAAGAAGAAAGAGACGCAAAAUUACCUCCCUGUUUUUCCACCCUCACAGAUGGAGCUGUUAAAAUACCUGUUUUUCUUAGAGUUCAUUAUACUGCUAAAAGAGUUGUGCGAGUGUUUCAACAUCGACGUGAAGCAUCCGCGAAUCUUCACCGGCCCAGAAGACGCUCAGUUUGGCUUCUCUGUUCUGCAGCAUGAGGCGGACGGAGAGAAGUCCAUGCUGGUUGGUGCUCCAUGGGACGGACCGCCCAAUAACAGGAGAGGAGACGUGUACAAGUGCGUUGUGGGAGCGGAGAGGAACUCGAACUGCAGCAAAGUGAAUCUAGGUGAGACUGCCCUCCAGAAUGUAUCCAGGAACCUAAAAAACUCUCACCUGGGGAUGACCCUCACCCCAGACUCACCUGAUGGUUUCUUGGCGUGUGCCCCUCUUUGGUCUCAAGAGUGUGGUACAUCCGUCUUCAGCACCGGGAUCUGUGCCUCCGUCAGUGAUGACUUAGAGCCCAGAGAGACCAUAGCUCCUACCGCUCAAAGGUGUUCCACGUACAUGGACAUAGUCAUCGUGCUGGACGGGUCCAACAGUAUUUACCCCUGGUAUGAGGUCCAGAACUUCCUCAGCAAUAUCCUCAGCAAGUUCCACAUUAGCCCAGACCAGAUGCAGGUGGGUAUCCUGCAGUAUGGUGAGGUUGCAGUCCAUGAGUGGUCUCUGAGAGACUACCAGACCACACAGGAAGUGGUGGAGGCUGCCAAGAACAUCAGCAGACAGGAGGGACGGGAGACACGCACUGCAUAUGCCAUCCACAUGGGCUGCACAGAGGCGUUCAGUGCGGAGCGCGGAGCGAGGGAGGGCGCCACGAAGGUGAUGAUCGUGGUGACGGACGGAGAGUCACAUGACGGGGAGGAGCUGCCAGAUGCUCUGGAGGAGUGUGAGAAGAGAAACAUCACCAGAUACGCCAUCGCUGUACUGGGUCAUUACAUCCGCAGGCAACAGGACCCGGAAACCUUCAUAAGCGAGAUCAAGUACAUCGCCAGCGACCCGGACGACAAAUACUUCUUCAACGUGACCGACGAGGCUGCGCUCAACGACAUCGUGGACGCCCUGGGAGACCGCAUCUUCACCCUGGAAGGUACGCUGGGCUACAAUGAGAGCUCUUUCCACAUGGAGAUGUCACAGAUCGGCUUCUCCACCCACACCCUGGAUGACGGGAUACUGUUCGGGAUGGUGGGCGCCUACGACUGGGAUGGAGGCGUGUUGAAAGAAGGGACCAAUGGGCGCAUCAUGCCCCCCAGGGAGGCCUUUGAGGCGGAGUUCCCCCUGGAGCUCAAAAACCAUGCCGCUUAUCUCGGUUACACGGUGUCGUCCGUGAUGAUUGGUGACUGGAGGAGGCUGUACGUUGCAGGGGCCCCCAGGUUCAAGCAUAAAGGCAAAGUCAUCCUGUUUGAGCUCAGCAACAACGGUGACGUCCACAUCGCACAGGCCCUCAACGGGGAGCAGAUCGGCUCGUACUACGGCAGUGAGGUGUGUGGACUGGACAUCGACCAGGAUGGCAUCACUGACGUCCUGCUGGUGGCGGCGCCCAUGUACCUGGGCUCUGGCAACAAGGAGGCUGGCAGGGUCUACAUUUACACACUUAGCGGGGAAGAAGUGUUUGUGUCUAACGGCACUUUGAAAGCAGAGGACAAGUCCCAGGAUGCCAGAUUUGGCUACGCAAUGGCGGCUGCUCCAGAUCUCAACCAUGACAGCUACACCGACCUGCUGGUGGGAGCCCCUCUGGAGGAUGACCACCGGGGGGCCAUUUACAUCUAUCACGGAGACACCAUUUACAUCAAUCACAAUUAUAAACAGCGUAUCCCGGCAUCAUCAAUAUCACCCUCCCUGCAGUAUUUCGGCCGCAGUGUGAGUGCCCGGCUGGACUUGGACGGAGAUGAGCUGCUUGACCUGGCAGUGGGAGCACAGGGCAGCGCCGUCAUGCUCAGCUCCCGCAGCAUAGUCCAGAUCAACGUGAGUCUGUCCUUCCAGCCGCACUCCAUAAACGUCAUUCAGAAGACCUGCCAGAGGGGAGGCAGGGACUCCGCCUGUCUCAACGCCACCGCCUGCUUCCUGGCUGUCUCCCGCUCCCCAGGACCACAAAGCAACAGCUUUGAGCUGUGGGUGGCGGCCAUGUUGGAUGACAGGAAGUUGUCAGCGCGGGCCUUGUUUGACGACAGUUCCCAGAGGCAGACCCAGCUGGCCGUCAGAGUUCACACAGGCGAAACGCUCUGCUACAAACUGCCCUUCCAUGUCUACGACACGGCAGACUACAUCCGUCCAAUCAGCUUCUCGCUGCGUUUUAAAAUCAACGACACAGAGAGCGGUCCCGUAUUGGACGAGGGCUGGCCAACCGUUGUCAAGAAAUCCAUCCCGUUCUUCAAGGACUGCGGCGAGGAUGACGUGUGUACAACAGACCUGGUGCUGAACGCUCACAUGGACAUCUCUGGUACAAGACAGAAGCCUUAUGUGAUUCGCAGCCCCCGCAGGCGUCUGGCAGUUGAGGUGCAGCUCCAGAAUAGGCUGGAGAACGCCUACAACACCAGCCUGACGCUGCACUAUUCACGCAACCUGCACUUCUCCAGCCUGAGUAUUAGGGAGGACGCCCAGUUUAAGAUCGAAUGCACAGCACUCAGUUCCAACAGCCACUCCUGCAACGUCAGCUACCCAGUGUUUCGUUCCCAGUCCAAGGUGAACUUCAUGUUGGAGUUUGAGUUCAGCUGCACGUCUCUGCACAGUCGAGUUCAGAUGAAGCUCAGCGCGGCCAGCGACAGUGUGGAGAGAGAGGCCACCUUGGGAGACAACAGCGUUCAGCUUCAGAGUUUUGUUCAGUAUGAACCGGACCUCUUUGUUAGCAGCGACUCUAACCUGAACCGCUAUGAGGUCCACCCCACCAGGACAAUGUCCGAGGGAAUUGGACCCGAGUUCCACACGCACUUAAGGCUACAAAAUCUGGGCUGUUACGCGGUGAGUAAUCUGGAGGUGAGGCUGCAUCUACCGUCUGUGGCUGCCGGAGACCGAGUCUUCAUGAACGUCACUGAUGUCUUCUCAUACAACGCCACAGGGGUGAACUGCAGUGUGCUCAGUAACCUGGCCCAGCUGAAGGGCCGGCAGAGAGACGUCCGGCCCCUCCACCCUGAAGACAUGGUCCAGAAUGACGUACUGAACUGUAGCAGGUCGUGGUGCAUAGAGGUGGUGUGUGAAGUCCAGCAGCUUCUGAAGGGACAAGCGGCGAUCAUUCGUGUCAGCCGCAGAGUCCACGAUGAAUUCUUCCGAAAAGCCAAGUAUAAGUCGGUGAGGAUCAUUGGAGCAUACCACCUGGCAGCUCAGGAGAAGAGCCUCAUCACUCUGGGUACAGGGACUGUCUGGAGAGAGACUGUACUGGAGGUACUGAAGGGGCGGGCUAUUCCCAUCUCCCUCUGGAUUCUGAUCGGAAGCAUCAUCGGAGGCCUGCUGCUACUGGCCCUCAUCAUCUUUAUACUGUGGAAGCUGGGAUUCUUCACACGAAAACACAUAACGGAGGAUGAGAACCACGAGGACUGAACCCCACUUUCAUCGCCACGACACCGCGUCAUCUGCUCGGCACGACGACGACCAGAGAAGCAAUGUCCACCUCUAUGCAGGCCAUCCCCGUGGCCGGGACACACUGAUUCCUCCGUAGCAC